AAGAGAGAGCGCCUCCGAGAAUUCAGUUUCCUUUUAGCUUUUGUUGGUCUGUUUGGGUAACGCAAGAGAGAGCGAGCGAGCGAGCGAGCGAGCGAGAGAAAGAGAGGGUUUCUUCUGAGCACGCGGGUUUAAGGGUUUCUCUUCAAACAGCUUUUUUUGUUGUUGUUGGGAUUAAUGGAGGGCGAUUGCUUAAUCGAUACUGACAAAUACUCUCUUUUGGAGGAUUUCAAUGUCGAUGUUGAAGUGCAAGAUGAAGACUUUGAGGCUUUUUCCCUUUGUUUCUGGGUUUAUCUCUUCAAUUCCACUACAUUCCCCUCCACAAUCAUCAGACAGGUUCACUCUGCUAUGAGUGUUAGUGCACCGUUCCUUGUUUUAGACGAAAACAAGAAUAUGAUGCUUCUGCCAUUGACUCUCCUACACAAGGAAGCUCCCGAUCCUGUAAAUACUGCUUCAUGGACAGAAGUGCCUAGUGUAUCUACAAAAGCUGAGUUUCCUCUUGAAAAAUGGGUUCAUGUCGGGUGCGAGGUUUCUAGACAUUACAUGCGCCUUCAUAUUAAUGGAGACAUAGUUGGAGAGCAAUUACUGACUUCUUUGCUGCCCAAAGACACCAAUCCAGAGUUCCCUGGAAAGAUAUCGCUAUUCAGUGUUGGUGGAGAUGGUUAUAGCGUGCAGGGUUUCAUCCAAUGUGCAGAAGUUUUACCUGCCAGUGUCCCUGUAACGUGUCACUAUGUGAAGGACCCACCUCUAUGGUUGUCGGUUGAUAAGCCAUCCACCUCUGGGAUUGAAUUAGAUGAUGAUGGUGUUUGGAGUAUUGUUGGUGGAAAGGCAUCUUGCCGGAGGAUUUUUUCCUUGGAUGUUAUUUUAUCCAAUGCUGUUGGACAUCAUGCUCGCAAGGAUGUGCAGGUCGUGGCUUCACUCUUGUAUGUCGAUAGUGGGACGCCUGUGGAGCAGACGAAUGAGACAGAGGCUCCCCUUUUGGCAAGUCAUGAAGGAGUCGAGUUUUCAGCUGGUGAUAGACCUAUUAAAUUAUUGAAUGGACGUGCCACCUUUAAGCUCAAGAUAUCUCAGCUUUCAUCCAAGAGUGACAACAGGUUGUUCUGCAUCAAAUUUGAAAUACCGAAUGUUAAGGGUUAUCCUUUCCUCGAAGCUGUUACCAACCCAAUUCGUUGCAUUUCGAGGAGCCGUGAUACCAUGCCUAAAAGGGUGAACCACGUUGAUCAUCCAGUAGGUGGAGUCCCUACACUUGUGUCAAGUAACACAUCACCCGAUCUUCAUUAUGAUGCUUCCUCGGUGAAGAGGGUCAGGUUGGGAGAAGAAAGGAUUUCUGAUAGGGAGGAACCCGUUCAACAACACAACUCUCUGACCCAGGCCUCAAGACAGUUUGAGAAUGGAAAUGGCAUGAGUAUGGAGUGGAGACCUCAGAACAAUGAAGAAGAGAACUCUUCAACUGAUUCAGACAGCGCAGAAAUGAGAGAUUCAGUUUUCAGGAGAUACACGAUUUCAGACUCAACCAUUUUCAGAUACUGCCUUGGAAACUUGGCGGAGAGGUCUCUCCUUCUGAAGGAAAUCACGAACAAUUCAUCAGACGAGGAAGUUUCCGAGUUUGCAGACCAAGUUUCUCUGUAUUCUGGAUGUUCCCACCAUGGCAAUCAAAUCAAAAUGGCGAGAAAACUGAUAGCUGAAGGAACAAAUGCGUGGAUGCUGAUCUCUCGGAACAAUCAACAUGUUCAUUGGCAUAGUGCAGUUUGUGAGAUUGAAGAACAUUUCAUGAGGAUUGCCCAAUGUAGCAGUAGAUCUCUCACACAACAGGAUUUUGAGCUUCUAAGAAGAAUAUCGGGAUGCUAUGAGUACAUGACGCAGGAGAAUUUUGAGAAGAUGUGGUGUUGGUUGUUUCCGGUUGCAAAAUCCAUUUCCAGGGGAUUGAUAAAUGGGAUGUGGCGUUCUGUGUCACCCAAAUGGAUAGAAGGCUUCAUCACUAAGGAAGAUGCUGAAAUUUCUCUUCAAGGUCAAGAACCGGGCACUUUCAUUCUCCGCUUCCCUACUUUAAGAAGCUGGCCUCACCCUGAUGCCGGUAGCUUGGUUGUGACUUAUGUUGGCCAUGAUUUCUCUAUUCGCCAUCGCCUUCUCACCCUCGAUCACAUUUCCAAUCCUAGAGAAAGCUACAUGGAUGCGAAACCGCUACAGGACAUGCUGUUGGCAGAACCCGAGCUCUCCCGGCUUGGAAGGAUCAUAAGAAGCCAUUGAAGCUACAAUAUAGCUUUGUACAUCCAUGAAUCAGGGGUUUGUUUCUUCUAUCUCAAGAUUUGAAACGUAUCAGCAAGUUCACUCAUAGCACUUGUCCAAAAGGCCCAAAUCUCUACAGUUUAGGAAAUUGUAAAUUCCGAUAUGUGAAUCUGCCUGAACCGGCGUCAUCCUGGUCGGCUUUUAAUGCAGAGAAAUUUGAACUCGGGGGGAAUUUUCUCCUCUCUCUCUUUUUUCA